UCAGCGCGCGGGGGCCGCACCGGAGGCCUCGACGCUGAGGCGGUCGGAUGGCGGAGUCCGGGCCGCAGCCGCCGGGGGGCGGCCCCAGCCGGCACGAGAAGAGCCUGGGGCUCCUCACCACCAAGUUCGUGUCGCUGCUGCAGGAGGCCAAGGACGGCGUGCUCGACCUCAAGCUGGCAGCAGAUACCCUGGCAGUGCGGCAGAAGAGGCGCAUCUAUGAUAUCACAAACGUCCUGGAGGGCAUCGGGCUGAUUGAGAAGAAGUCCAAGAACAGUAUUCAGUGGAAAGGCGUGGGCCCUGGCUGCAACACCCGUGAGAUCGCCCACAAGCUGAUCGAGCUAAAGGCUGAGAUCGAGGAUCUGGAGCAGCGGGAGCGAGAGCUGGAGCAGCAGAAGAUGUGGGUGCAGCAGAGCAUCCGGAACGUUUCCGACGACGUCCAAAACAACCAGUUAGCCUAUGUGACUGAUGAGGACCUCUGCAAAUGCUUUGCAGGCGACACGCUGCUAGCCAUUCGAGCCCCAUCGGGUACUCAGCUAGAAGUUCCUGUUCCCGAGGGCUUGAACGGGCAAAAGAAGUACCAGAUCCAUCUGAAAAGCACAAGUGGUCCGAUCGACGUCCUGCUCGUCAAUAAGGAUGUCUGGAGCUCCCCUCCGGUCGUACUACCUGUCCCUCCCCCAGAAGACCUUAUCCAGUGCCAGCCAGUCACUCCUUCCAAGCCCCAUUCCCAAGAAGCGUCCCUUCCCAGUGGCACGCACCCUUCCGCGCCCGGGCCCAACAGCACUCAGGACCAGAACCCUGCUGCUCAGAAAACACCCAGCACCACAGACAGCGGCAUCUCGACAGCAGAGUCCAGAAGCAGCAGGGAGCUGGACUCGCUCACCCCUUCGACCGCCCCUGCCAGCCCUCCCGCCGGGCUGGACACGCAACCCCUCCAGUCCUCCGCCUUGCUGGACAGCAGCUCCGUCCUGCCCAGUCCCUCCUCCUCCUUCGAACCGAUCAAACCAGACCCCACAGAAAUACUGGAGCUUCCCAAAGAGCUUUCAGAGAUGUUUGAUCCAACAAGAGAAUGCAUGAAUUCUGAGCUGCUUGAAGAGCUAAUGUCCUCUGAAGUGUUCGCUCCCUUGCUGCGCCUCUCCCCGCCUCCUGGAGACCACGACUACAUCUACAACCUGGACGAGAGCGAAGGGGUGUGCGACCUUUUCGACGUGCCUAUCCUCAACCUCUGACUCUGGGCAGGCCAUCUGGAUGGACUUUGGGAUGCGCCGAUACAUAUAUAUAUUUUUUAUAAAAAACAACAAACUGGGGGAGAAAAGCCCCUCCGUGGUUUGGGGAUUCCUUCUUUUUUGCUAGUGCUUGAGUGACUCACCUGGGCUGCUAUAGUUUGGACACGAGACGGAGAGGAGCGGACUUCCUUCCUUCCAAGGCUUGGCAGCCCCGUUUGGGGGGCUCCUUCCUUUUCCGCAUUGCACAGGCUGAGUCUCUGAUUUUUUUUUUAACCUCCAUUUUAGCUGGCCUCUCCCUGAAUCCCAGGCCUCCAUCCCAGAUGGACUUGCAUUUGAAUCUUCCCGUUUAGCCCAAGAGCUUUCUGAGGUCCAUCCCACCUGCUUUUGGCUUUCCUGCACUCCUGGAGAGACACUUUGUGUUAGGAACCCGGGGGCUGAUCCGCAGCCCAGUGUAUUUGGGAGAGCAAAGGAUCAGUCUCUCUUAUACUUUGUCCUCGUCGCGAACACGACUGUGCUUUGUUUGGCGAUUGUACUUUUGUGUGUGCAGAGGGGUGAGCAAGGUGGGAGGCCGAUGCCACAGGGAUCCCAGCAGCCUCACUUUGCAUCGGUUUUUACCGUAGGACAGGUGCUUAGAAGCGGCCUUUUAGAGUCCAGUCCCUCCUCAUUUCAAGACACAGCCAUCUGUAUUGCUCAGAAGGCCACUGUGAGCGGAGUGGUUCUUCUCCUUUAGCUGCGUAGAUGAACAAAAAGGGGGGGGUUCUCCAGCUUUGCACAGUCACUUUCCUCCGAAGAGACGUAAUUGAGAAACUGAUAGCUCCGAGCUGUGGCAAGGAAAAGCCUCUGGGACCUUUCUGCAAAGAAGCUGGCAAGCUGUGUCCCUGUGGGCCUGGAACUUUACAGCAGAAGCUGGUGGUGGCCUUCUGUAAUUUGCCUGGUCAGCCUGAGGGCAAUAUUUAGGCGCUGGGGGUGGGCUGUACUGGCACAGUGGGACUGAAGACCACAAAACAGCUGUGUUAAAUGUGCUAACCAUGCUCCAGGUUGCACUGGGUUGCCGUGCUAGCACGUCUCUACCUUUCUUAAGCUUCUCCUGUACCUUCUAAUGACAGGUGUUUGGGUUUUUACCCCCUGGUUGAUCAUCCGAAGGGCGAGAAAUCUCCCUUUUGCACUUUUGGAAAUCUCUCCCUCCGGUAGCUGAAUCAUCACUGGCUCUCUGCUCUUAACCUGAAGCGGACACUUAAAACGCUCACGCCCCAGCCCUUACCGCCAAGGAGAGUUGCAGCUGCUAAAGAGCUCCCCCCAAACCUUGCUGUGCGAAAUGCAGCCCAGUUUCAGGUGAAGCACCCUGGCCUGUUAGUACCCUUAGGGCUGCAGACGGGUUCGGAUCUAGACCAUCCUCAGAACCAGGGAGUGCUUGUCUGUUGUAGAGAGGUGCUGGCCCUUCGUGGCGGGGGGAGGAACGUGCACUCCUUUGCAGAGUUGCUCCUGUCUCAAAUGUGUUGCAGCUAAUGCGCUUAGACUGGAGUAACUCUGCAUAGUAUUGCACUGCUAGUCUUACUUGCUGGAAAUGGUGAAAUAGGUGCCUCUGUCUUUCACCGGGUGGUGUUAUUAUUUGCCACCCCCUCCUCCAGAAUAGAAGCUUGUUUCAGUUUCCAGAGGCUUAGAAGCCUGCGAAACAGCUGCUUGGCUUUGUUCUGGGCUUGAGUGUCCCAGAUGUGUUGUGUGUCUGUCUCGCUCCUUCCGCACCCUGUGCCUCUAGAAGGCUAGCUGGCUUGCCCUGUUGGCUUGUUCACAUCGGUUCCUUGACCUUUGUGUGUGUGACGGAGUGCUCUCCUAGCGGUCCCCCCCCCCUUGCUUACCUGUGCUGGCAAUCUCCUGUUAGAUGACGUCUGAAGAUAACUAGAGAGAUGUACAAUGGGGGAAAAUGAAUUUUGAUUCGUAUAUAAAGAUUAUUUUUAUACUUUUUU